UCAACACUAGGCAGCAAAACGUUUUCUUUACGGCAAUAUUUUUUGUUGUUUCUUCGUUGUUUCGGCGAAAUUUUGUUUUAAAAUUAAUUAUUUUGCACUCGUUUGCUAGCCGCAACGAUGUCCGAUGACGACGAUAUACAGUACAUCAAGCGGCAGCGAACGCUGCACUAUGGAUCGCUCGAAGAAUCGGAACGCAAGCGGCAAAAUGCCGCGGCGUCUGGUGCAGCAACAACAACAACACCUGGAAUGCCGGCAUCGUCUGGGACAGGAGCAACAACAACUGGAACAGGCGGACAACUGGAAGACAUAGAUUCCGAUGAGGAUUACGAGGAGUCCACGAAAAAGGCAAGCAAUUCGAAGCAGGCCGGAGCACCUCCACCCACAGCCGCAACUCUGGCCAAUAAAAUUGACGAUGACUACUUCGAUCUGGAGAUGGAAAUGGAGCGCGACAAGGUGGCGCUCCUCGAGGAAUUUGAGCGGAAAAAGCGGGCACGACAGAUAAAUGUGUCCACCGACGACACGGAGAUCAAGAGCAAUCUGCGCCAGCUGAACGAACCCAUUUGCUAUUUUGGCGAAGGACCGGCGGAGCGAAGAAGACGUCUUAAGGAACUCUUGGCUGGAUUGGGCGAGAACGCCAUCAACAAGAGGCAGUACGAGGAGGAGGAGCGCAAGCAGCAACAGCGGGAGCAGGAUCAGGCCACCUGGUAUCACGAGGGACCCGAUAGUCUGCGUAUUGCUCGACUCUGGCUGGCGGAUUAUUCCCUGCCACGCGCCAAGGAUCGCUUGGUGCGAGCACGUGAGGCCCUUGAAGUGCCCAGCGCAACACGUGCCGGUCGGAUGGUGGAGAUGCAGAAGAAGCUCCAGUCGCUGGCUCCACUGUGCUCCCAGGUGGGUGACACACGGCCCGUGAGUAGUGCUGCCUUCAGUGAAGACUCCUCACUCCUUCUGACCUCCUCGUGGUCGGGUCUCUGCAAGCUGUGGAGCGUGCCCGAUUGCGAGCUGAAGCAGACGCUGCGCGGACAUGCCAGUUAUGUGGGUGGAGUGGCUCUGCGGCCGGGAGUCAAAGCGGAUGAGGAGAACGUGGUGGCCAUGGCUUCCGGUGGCCACGAUGGCGCCGUCAAGCUGUGGGGCUUCAACAACGAAGAGUCGAUUGCCGACAUCACCGGCCACAUGCCGCAUCGCGUCUCUAAGGUAGCCUUCCAUCCGUCCGGCCGCUUCCUGGCCACCGCCUGCUACGACUCCAGCUGGCGGCUGUGGGAUCUGGAGCAAAAGACGGAGGUGCUUCAUCAGGAGGGGCACGCAAAGCCGGUGCACUGCCUUAGCUAUCAUUCCGACGGCAGUGUUCUGGUCACCGGCGGCCUGGAUGCCUUUGGACGAGUGUGGGAUCUGCGCACUGGGCGAUGCAUCAUGUUUCUGGAGGGACACUUGGGCGCCGUUUUCGGCGUGGACUUUUCUCCAAACGGAUUCCACAUAGCAACAGGGUCCCAGGACAACACAUGUAAAAUCUGGGACCUGAGGCGACGCCAGCCGGUCUACACCAUUCCUGCGCACACCAAUCUGAUUUCGGACGUGAAGUACCAGCAGGAGUGCGGCAGCUUCUUGGUCACCUGCUCCUACGACUCGACCACCAAGAUCUGGUCCAACAAGACGUGGCAGCCGUUGAAGACGCUACAGGGCCACGACAACAAGGUCAUAUCGGUGGACAUCGCGCCCAAUUCGCAGUAUAUAGCCACGACCUCUUUUGACCGCACAUUUAAGCUGUGGUCGCCGGAUAGCUGAUUUUGAUACCAUUACUUUAUUGUACUCACCUGUGGGCGUACGCAGACAAUCUCCACUUGCGAUCUGCCCGCUGGGCACCACUUACUCAUCAACUGUUUUUGUUAUUUCAGAGACAAUAGCCCAAGACAGUUCAUGCAAACAUUUCAAGUUUUCGUUUUGUAUAACACAAUUUGUUGUUUUUGUUAGGCGAAAGGCAGAUGCAGCGAUGUUGCAUUUCGUAAAUUUAAGACUUUUUUAUUGAAAUUGUUAAUAAAAAUACAUUUUUGGUAGAGAA